AUGACGGAAGAUCUGGAAUUCCUGCACUACCCGCCACUGGAGACAGAGCCUUACAGUCAUUCGGGCUCACAGUUCGAGCUGUCAGCCUUGGAAAGUCCCACGAUGGACUGCAACCCUUACCUCUCGGAUCUCGCCUUCCAACCCACCAUCUCUUGUGCGGAGGCUUGCGAGCUCUUGAUUAGCUACGUCCAAAAAAAGCCAGAUUUGAUGAGCCUUCACCUUAAACUUCGAAAUGGAUACAAAACUAGCCUUGUACAGGGAGAGGGAUGCCGCGUUGACUACCAUCUGUUGCUUACCGUUCUUUCAGAGAGGCCGUGA